UUGGUUAGCCGGAGAACAAAAAGCAAGUGAACGACCACCAAUCUUUGCUCCUUAUCACUCCUAACGUAUUGGAAAACGAAGCUUUUUCUUCUUCUUCUUCUAAGAAAUCUAGCAGAGGAAACCCCCACUUGCAAGUGCUGAGAAAUGGACGGACACGAUGGAGAAGAUCAGAAGCAAAGCACUGCUGACAUGUCUGCUUUUGUGCAAGAUCUUCUUCAACAGAUGCAAUCCAGAUUCCAAGCAAUGUCUGACUCCAUUGUUACAAAGAUUGAUGAUAUGGGAAGCCGCAUAAAUGAGUUGGAGCAGAGCAUCAACGACUUAAAAGCUGAGAUGGGCAUGGAGGGUUCUCCAUCUCCUUUGGCUCCUUCAAAGUCAAAUCCAGAUGAAUCGAAGAAAGAGGAAGGCUCUGCAUAGAAUUAGUCAAAAUACAUGUUUUCCUUUUCUUUGCCUACCUUUGUGGUUGAGGAAUGAAGACAAUUGUCUAAUUGCACAUUUCACUAUGCCCUACUGCAGUUAAUGUUUAUCCUAUUUUUCAGCACUUGAUACAAAUAUUUUGAGUAGACAUUUGUGUUUAGGCAAAAUUUUAAAGUGUUAUGGUUUUGUAUGCCUUAUUAUGGAAUGAAGUUAUGAAAAUUUGACAUGAUUUGUUGUUA